AUGGCGGCAUUUGAUGUUGAUGACUACAUGGAGAGUAUUUAUCAAAGAGACUCUAUUAAGAAGAUCAAGAUGAAACAUGUUAAGGUCCCAACGCUAGAUAUUGAUACCAUUAUCCAAGUCAAGGUGUUAUAUAAAGGAAUCAUUGAUAAAUUUAUUGACUGGGAUUUUGAAGACACUUCAUUACGACCAAUUGAGGUUGCUACAGACUUGGUAGACUCUUUGGAUAUCCAGGAUAAUAAUAAAAGAUUAGAAGUGAUAGAUUCUAUCACUGAGAGCAUCUCAGAACAACUUACAAGAUACCUUGAAGAUAGUGUAGAGCAACAAGCAUCAAUUGCAAGAAGGAAGAAAAUUACACCCUCAACUAUAGCCUGUCCUGAGUGAGACUCUAUAUUUCAGCCUGAUGAUGAGAAUUGUAUUCAAUGUGGAUUUGUUCUCAAAAAGAAAAAUGAAACUAAGUUCAUUCCCAAGCAUUAUGAAAACAUAAAGAUCAUUGGAGAUAAUGAUAGCUUAGAGUUUACAUCCAGGCCAAGUAGAACAGAGAGACAGUUCAGAAUACAGCAAAAGAAAUUAGAAAAGAAGACUAGGAGCAGAAUCCAUAAAACUAAAGACUACCUAACUGAUGAUAAGUAUAGUUGCCAACUAUGGUCAAGGAUUAUUAAGGAUCCUCUUAUCAAUAAUUGAGAAGGACUUGAAGAUAUGAUUAGUAAAGAAGAUGCAUCUUGAUUGAGAAGUCUUUACACAAGACUCAAGGAAAUUUUCUGAAAUGAUCCAGAAUAUAGAUUUGAGCUUGAUGAUCAACAAAUAAGAGAUAUCCAUUACUUAUUAGAUAAGACUUAUGAGGACCUGUUGACUGAUAAUCCAAUUACUGAUGAAAUCUUUAGACAACCAUACACAAAUGAGGAUCCUUUAGCUUGGAAGAAUGUGCUUGAAGAAACUCACAACCCUGACCCCAAAGUACAAAGAUUCAGACCCUAUAACAUGGAAAGUCAUGUGUUCAGAAAUAUUAGCCAUAAUCAGCUUAUUUUGUCCAACAUGGAUGCAGAAAAUGAUGAUAAUAUUCCUUUACAGACCUUGCUAGAUUCAAACCAGAAAUUGUCAGCUUACUUGAUGGAGAAAGACCAAGUGCAACCUCGUAGGAAAGGAAGGCCAAAGAAACAUGAUUACUACACUGAGCCAAUCGUCAGAAUUGGGGAUCUCAAUACCUUGGUAAAAAUAUUACGUGAGCAAGCUCAGAUUCAAGAUCCUUCACUGAGAUCAAUAAGAGAAAGAGUAUCGAUCAAGAAGAUCUCAAAAGAGGAAAAUAAGGAUCCCCAAAAGUGUACUAAAUGCAUGAGAAUAUCUAAAACCAAGCUUUUAGUCUGUGAGAAUUGCCCAGUGGUUUAUCAUCCUAGUUGUAUGGGAUAUGAAGGAAACUUUCCCAGAAGAAAAUGGAAGUGAUAUUUCUGCAAGAUAAUCAAGUAUGGUCUCAAGUGAAACCUGACAAAAAUUGCACCCGCAGAGAGUCAAUGGUGUAAAAGUUUAUUAGGUAUGAUAAAAAGCGACUGGAAGGAAAUAGCCUUGAAGCUAAUGGAAGUUAUAUCAGAAUAUCCUGCUUCCAAAUCUUUCUGGUAUACUGAAAAGAGAGACAAGAGAGAAUAUCAGCAAAAGCAGACAUAUCCUAUGAACAUGGCAAAGAUCAAGAAAAAUCUAGAAUAUGAUAUUGAUUCUUCAAAGCUUCCUAAAACUGCUCAGAAUACUGAAAGUUCAUUAAAAUAUGAAAAGCUUGAUGAUUUCUUGGCUGAUUUACUUACAGUUUUCAGAAACACUCAAUUAUUUAUUGAUCCAAAUAAGAUGAAGUACAAGUACUCAGAAGCAUGUCAGAAGUUUGUGAUGUACCUGCUUCAAGAAGAAGAUAUUUUCCAGACCCAGAAACAGCCUGAAAAACGAAUCAACAAAAGAGAGUCCUUUACUGUUGCAGAAAUACAAGAAAGCAAAUCAGAGGAAAUCUCUGAUCUUGAAGAAAGAGAAAAACAAAUGAACGAAAAGCUUGGAAGUGAUGAGGAUGAUUACAACAUUGUUCUUGAGGAUAACUCCUCUGAUGAGAACAAGGAAUAAGACGACUGAGCUAGUAAACAGUGUUUCGAU